GGAAUUUCCACGUGGGUUAGGUUAGGUUAAUACAAAAUUGUGUUGAUGUAUAUUUAAUAAUAUAAUUUAUUAGAAUGGCAAUAUCAAAUAUAAAAAAGAAAAAGGUAUCUAAGAAACUAAAGAGUUCAUGGCGAAAACAUGUGAAUAUAAAUGAAGUUGAAGAAUUUCUAGAAGAGCAAAGAUUAGAAGAAAGGUUAGGGCCUUCCUUGGAGUUGGUUCCGGAUAGUGAACUAUUUAAAGUUGAUUCUAAGCCUUCAACAGAAUUAUUAUCAUCUAGAGAAAGAAGAAAAUUAAAAGCUGCUAAACCUUUAAAAUGUUUUUCUGCAUUACAGCCACACACAAAUGUUCCAGAUCCCAUAUCCAGAAGAAAUCGUGUUAGAACUAAAGAAGAAAGAAAGAGUAGGCUGGUAACAUUAAAAGAACAACAAAAUGAAGUAAAAGGCAUUGUAAAACGUAAAACAAUUCAAGCUGCUGAAAAUAGGAAGUUGGAUGAUUUAAAGAGGAAAAAUAAACCAAAACGUGGAGAAUUUUCCUCUGAUUUGUGGCAAGAUAGUGAUAAGCAGUCAAGUACUGAAGAUUGGGUCGAUAAAAACGCUAAAAAGCAUAACUUAAAAGGUGUAGGUGUAGCUGUAAAAAAGACAAGGUCUAAUAAAUCGGCUACUAAUAUUCCAGCAAUUGAACCCCCACAUCCUGGUAUGUCAUAUAAUCCUAGCUAUGCUGAUCAUCAAGAUUUAUUACAAAAGGUAGCGGAAAAAGAACAAAAACUUAUAAAGGAAGAGAAACAUUUACGAAGAGUUACUAGUGGAAUGUUCAGCAAAGUAACAGAGUCUAAACGAGACCAAGAUUGGUUAAUAGAUAUGUCAGAAGGUUUACCAAGUAAAAGUAAUACUGAGUCUAAUACUGAAGAAGGAAAUGAUACAGAAUUUAAAUCAAUAAAUCCACCUGUAAAGAAUGUCAAAAAGACAUUAAAACAAAAACGAAAACAUAAAGAACAUUUAGAAUUGGAGAAGGCAAGGAAAGCACUCAAGUUGGAAAAGAAAAAGGUUACAGAUAUUCACAACUUACGAAAGGUUGUUAAGCACAUUGAUUCUGUUAAAGAAAAACAGAACAAAUUGAGGGAAAUUAGAAAAAAGAAUAAGAAUCUUAAUAAAAAGCCCACAGUUUUGAAUGCCAACAAGUUUGAAGAACCUGAUUUAGAGUUUAACAUGGGUCAGGACAUAGCAGGUAACUUAAAAGAUUUAAAAACAGAAGGUAACAUACUCAUAGAUAGAUUUAAAAGUAUGCAAAAGCGAAAUAUAUUGGCCCCUACAAAGAGACAAACGCAUAAGAAGGCUAAAGUUAAGAAAUACACCAAGCCUGGGCAUAAAGAUAAUGAUUGGAAGAAGACUGUGGCACGUUCUUUAAGUUAAGAAUCAUUAGUUCUGUGUAAAUGUAAUAAAAUUUGUUAAACUA